ACACUGUUUCCAGAACGAAGCACGCAGAUUACGCCUUCUGUCUGGCGUCUAGUGCACCGACGAUAGGGAGACCGACUAGGGACAGCAGUAAUGAGACGGUGACAGCACCGAAGAUUGGUUCAUAAUGAGAGCAAUAACUCAGCGGGCAAUGUAACCGAUGCGGGCUAACAGAAUAGGCUACAACUUUCACUAGUAAUUGUUGCAAAUUAUGAGAUCAAAAAGCCAAGAUGAACCAUCACAAUAUGAUCCAGUUUCAAACUCAAGGUGCGCACUAGCGUGGACUGCGAAACGGAAAGGCCGGCUGAUGAAUUCAAAUGUUACUAUUCUUUGACGUUUUAGCAAUUGAUAAAUAAAUUAAUGAAAGGCAGAACUCGAAAAUGUCUGUUCCAGUACAUCCGGAGACCCGGAAAUUUACAAGGGGACUAAGUAAACCUGGUACUGCGGCUGAACUAAGGCAAAGUGUCUCGGAGGUUGUCAGGACGUCCGUACUAGUUGUGAAGCCCAAAGUCAUCGAGCCGCUGGACUAUGAGAGUGUGCUGGUCCAGAGGAAGACCCAGAUCCUCAGCGAUGCCCUCCGAGACAUGCUACAGUUCCCCUUGGAGGACUUCCAGAUUGCGACUCAGAGACGCCAAGGAAGAACUCUCUACCCCACAGUGCCUGAGAAUGCAGAGAAAGAGGCGCAGAGUCUGUUUGUCCAAGAGUGCAUCAAGACCUACAACUCUGAUUGGCAUGUCGUCAAUUACAAGUAUGAGGACUACUCGGGAGACUUUCGUCAGCUUCCAAACAAAGUUUCCAGACCAGACAAACUUGCUGUCCAUGUUUUCGAGGUGGAUGAAGAUGUCGAUAAAGAUGAGGACACAGCCUCCCUAGGUUCCCAGAAGGGGGGGAUCACCAAGCAUGGCUGGCUGUACAAAGGCAACAUGAACAGUGCCAUCAGUGUCACCAUGAGGUCUUUCAAGAGGAGGUAUUUCCACCUAACACAGUUGGGGGAUGGUUCUUACAACCUGAACUUCUACAAGGAUGAAAAGAUCUCCAAAGAACCCAAAGGAACCAUCUUCCUGGACUCCUGUAUGGGCGUUGUUCAGAACAACAAGGUGCGGCGCUUUGCCUUUGAGUUGAAGAUGCAGGACAAGAGCACCUACCUGCUGGCUGCUGACAGUGAGGGAGAGAUGGAGGACUGGAUUAACACACUCAACAAGAUACUGCACAGCAGUUUUGAGAUCGCAAUGCAGGAGAAGAGAAAUGGCGACAUCCAUGAUGAUGAUGAGCUGGGAAAAGCAGAUAGUUCGUUGGGGAGCAUGGACAGCUUUCAGAGUGCAAGAGAUAUUGAAUCUAAAAUGAGAAAUGAAACCAGAUUGAAGCUGUUCACCUUGGACCCUGACACACAGAAACUUGACUUCUCAGGUAUCGAACCGGAAAUAAAGCCGUUUGAGGAGAAGUUUGGCAAGCGCAUUUUGGUCAAUUGCAAUGAUCUGGCCUUCAACCUGCAAAGCUGUGUAGCAGAGAACGAAGAGGGACCAACAACAAAUGUAGAGCCCUUCUAUGUGACCCUGUCACUGUUUGACAUCCAGAACAGUAGGAAGAUCUCAUCCGACUUUCAUGUGGACCUGAACCACCCGUCCGUCAGGCAGCUGGUGGCCAAUCCCAACAGCCAGUAUAUGAACGGGGGCGGGGAGGCUGUGCUGGGGGCCCAGAGGGGGGUCCACGGUCUGCCUGAAGGGGCGAUGCAGUACCCCAGACAGGGAGUGUUCUCUGUAACAUGUCCCCACCCGGAUAUCUUCCUGGUAGCUCGCAUUGAGAAGGUCCUCCAGGGAGGAAUCACCCACUGCGCUGAACCCUACAUGAAGAGCUCAGACUCAACCAAAGUGGCACAGAAGGUCCUGAAAAAUGCCAAGAUGGCCUGCAGCCGGUUGGGUCAUUACAGGAUGCCGUUUGCAUGGGCUGCCAGGCCUCUAUUCAAAGAUGCAUCGGGGACACUGGACAAAAGUGCUAGAUUCUCUGCCAUCUAUAGACAGGACAGCAACAAGCUGUCCAGUGAUGACAUGUUCAAACUGCUGGCUGACUUCAGAAAGCCAGAGAAGAUGGCCAAGCUCCCUGUAAUCUUAGGAAACCUAGACGUUACCAUUGACAAUGUUGCCCCUGAUUUGACAAAUUGUGUUACCUCGUCCUACAUUCCUGUGAAGACUUUUGAGAGCAGUGAGAAGACCAAAAUCUUCUUUGAAGUGGAGGAGUUUGUUCCCUACAUAGCCAAGUGCUCCCAGCCCUUCACCACCUACAACAAUCACCUCUAUGUAUAUCCGAAGCACCUGAAAUACGACAGCCAAAAAUCCUUCACAAAGGCUCGAAACAUAGCUGUCUGCAUCGAGUUCAAGGACUCUGACGAGGAGGAUGCUGUCUCGCUCAAAUGCAUCUAUGGUCGACCAGGAGGUCCCCUGUUUACCAAAACUGCCUUUGCUGCAGUAUUACAUCACCAGCACAGCCCAGAGUUUUAUGACGAGUUUAAGAUGGAGCUGCCCACCCAGCUCAAUGAGAAACACCAUCUGCUGUUUACCUUCUAUCACAUCAGCUGUGACAGCAACAGCAAGGCCAGCACCAAGAAGAGAGACAUGGUGGAGACACAAGUGGGUUAUGCUUGGCUCCCUCUACUGAAAGACGGCCGAGUGAUCAUGAACGAGAGCCACAUCCCUGUGGCUGCCAACCUGGCCGCUGGCUACCUCAGCUGUCAGGAAGGGGUCAGCAAGCAGCAUCCUGAAAUCAAAUGGGUGGAUGGAGGCAAACCUCUGUUUAAAGUGUCCACUCACCUGGUGUCCACAGUGUACAGUCAGGAUCAACAUUUGCACAAUUUCUUUGCCCACUGUCAGAGCACAGAGCCAGCAGCCCAGGUGGCAGGGGGAGAGCUGGUCAAGUACCUAAAGAGUCUUCAUGCAAUGGAGAGUCAUGUUAUGAUCAAGUUCUUGCCCACUACGCUCAACCAGCUGUUUCGCGUGUUGACCAGUGCCACCCAUGAGGAGGUGGCGGUCAACGUCACCAGAGUCAUGAUUCACAUUGUAGCCCAGUGCCAUGAAGAGGGGUUGGAGCACUACCUGCGAUCGUACGUAAAGUAUGUGUUUAAGACCGAGCCGUACACAUCCGCGACCGCGAGAACAGUGCACGAGGAGCUGGCCAAAGCCAUGACUGCAAUUCUAAAGCCUUCAACAGACUUCCUCACCAGCAACAAGCUGCUAAAGUACUCCUGGUAUUUCUUCGAAGCCUUAGUGAAGUCCAUGGCCCAGUACUUGAUUGAGAGUGGUAAAGUCAAGCUGUCUAGGAACCAGCGUUUCUCUGCUGGCUUUCACCACACUGUGGAGACACUGGUCAACAUGAUGAUGCCCCACAUCACCCAGAAGUACAAAGACAACCUGGACGCAGCCCGGAACGCCAACCACAGCCUGGCAGUCUUCAUCAAGAGAUGUUUCACCUUAAUGGACAGAGGCUUUGUCUUCAAACAGAUCAACAACUACAUCCAUUGUUUUAUGCCCGGGGACCCCAAGACUUUGUUUGAGUUCAAGUUUGAGUUUCUGCGUGUCGUAUGCAACCACGAGCACUACAUCCCCUUGAAUCUACCAAUGCCUUUUGGAAAAGGGAGAAUACAGAGAUUCCAAGCUUUACUUUCUCCCAACAUGGAGUCAUACGAUACUCCUGUAGAUCUUCAGUUGGACUACUCGCUAACAGAUGACUUCUGUAAAAACCACUUCCUGGUUGGACUGCUGCUGCGGGAAGUGGGCGCAGCCUUGCAGGAGUUCCGGGAGAUCCGGCAGAUAUCCAUCCACGUGCUCAAGAACCUGAUGGUCAAGCAUACCUUUGAUGACCGCUACACAUCCAAGAGCCAGCAGGCUCGGCUGGCCACCCUCUAUCUGCCCCUGUUUGGUCUGCUACAGGAGAACGUCCAUAGGCUCAAUGUGAAGGAAGUGUCCCCAUUCCCCAUCAACCACUCUAACAAUAAUGGGAGAGAUGACCCACUCGUUGGUAACUCCAUGAUAAUGACACCCCCCAGGUCCAGUACUUUGUUAGACAACAGUUUACACAAGGACGUGUUCGGAGUCAUCUCUGGCACUGCCUCCCCCCACGCGUCCUCCACCCCCAAUAUUAACUCUGUCCGCCAUGCUGACUCCCGGGGAUCUUUAAUCAGCACAGACUCUGGAAACAGCCUUCCUGAGAAGAGCAUCGACAAGCCCAACUCUCUGGAGAAGAACCAGCCAGCCUCAACUCUGGGGAGCAGCCUGCUUCGUUGCGAUAAGCUGGAUCAGUCUGAGAUUAAGAGCCUGCUCAUGUGCUUCCUACACGUCCUCAAGAGCAUGUCGGAGGAUGCCCUGUUCACAUACUGGAACAAGGCCUCAUCUGCAGAGCUUAUGGACUUCUUCACACUUGUCGAGGUUUGUCUCCACCAAUUCAGAUACAUGGGAAAGAGAUACAUCGCAAGGAACCAGGAAGGGGUGGGACCCAUAGCACCACAUGAGCGGAAGUCUCAGACUCUGCCUGUGUCCCGUAACAGGGCGGGAAUGAUGCAUGCCCGCUUACAGCAGCUCAGCAGCCUGGAUAACUCAUACACAUUUAACCACACCUAUAGUCACUCGGAUGCUGACGUGUUGAACCAGUCGGUCCUGGAGGCCAACAUCGCCACUGAAGUUUGCCUGACUGUGCUGGACACCCUCAGCAUCUUCAUUAUGGGAUUCAAGACCCAGCUCUGUUAUGACCAUGGGCACAACCCGCUAAUGAAGAAGGUGUUUGAGGUGCACCUCUGCUUCCUGCAGAUCAACCAAUCAGAGACGGCCCUGAAGCAGGUUUUCACCUCGCUGCGAACUUUCAUCUACAAAUUCCCCUGUACGUUUUUUGAGGGUCGUGCGGACAUGUGUGCCUCGUUCUGCUAUGAGAUCCUGAAAUGCUGCAACUCAAAGCUGAGCUCCAUCCGCAGCGACGCCGCCCACCUGCUCUACUUCCUCAUGAAGAGUAACUUCGACUACACGGGACGCAAGUCCUUCGUUCGCACUCACUUACAGGUGGUGAUCGCGGUCAGUCAGCUGAUCGCCGACGUCAUCGGCAUCGGAGGGACACGUUUCCAGCAGUCCCUGUCCAUCAUCAACAACUGUGCCAACAGUGACAAGACCAUCAAGAACACAGCGUUUCCGUCAGAUGUGAAGGACCUGACCAAGCGGAUCCGGACAGUGUUAAUGGCCACAGCUCAGAUGAAGGAGCAUGAGAGGGACCCAGAGAUGCUGGUGGACCUGCAGUACAGCCUGGCCAAGUCAUACGCCUCCACACCCGAGCUACGCAAGACCUGGUUGGACAGCAUGGCCCGGAUCCACGUGAAGAACGGGGACCUGUCUGAGGCAGCCAUGUGUUACGUGCAUGUGGCCGCGCUCGUGGCCGAGUACCUUCGGAGAAAAGGUGCGUGUGCCGUCAGUGGCAGAGAUGUUGCUGAUUCCACGGUGCCACUUUCUAUUUUGGAGGCAGGAGCACUUCAGAAAGGGUUGUUGAAUGGCAUGUUCAAGCAGGGCUGCUCCGCCUUCCGUGUUGUCACUCCUAAUAUUGACGAGGAAGUGUCUAUGAUGGAGGACGUGGGUAUGCAGGAUGUCCAUUUCAACGAGGAUGUCCUGAUGGAGCUCCUGGAGGAGUGCGCUGAUGGCCUGUGGAAGGCUGAGCGCUAUGAGCUCAUCUCGGACGUCUACAAACUCAUCAUCCCAAUCUAUGAGAAGCGUAGGGACUUCGAGAAACUGGCUCACCUGUAUGACACCCUCCAUCGCGCCUACAGCAAAGUGACAGAGGUCAUGCACACGGGCAAGAGGUUGCUGGGAACAUUCUUCAGAGUGGCUUUCUUUGGCCAGGCAGCGCAGUACCAGUUUACUGACUCUGAGACUGAGGGUUUCUUUGAGGAUGAAGAUGGAAAGGAGUACAUCUACAAAGAGCCCAAAUUCACCCCACUUUCGGAGAUAUCUCAGAGGCUACUCAAGCUCUAUUCUGACAAGUUUGGCGCUGAGAAUGUCAAGAUGAUUCAAGACUCUGGGAGGAUCAACCCUAAAGAUCUGGACUCAAAGUAUGCCUACAUCCAGGUGACCCAUGUCACUCCGUUCCUGGAAGAGAAGGAGCUGGUGGACAGGAAGACCGACUUUGAGAAGAGCCACAACAUCCGGCGCUUUGUCUUUGAGAUGCCCUUCACGGUGUCUGGGAAGAAGCAGGGCGGCGUGGAGGAGCAGUGCAAACGCAGGACCAUCCUAACCACAACCCACUGUUUUCCGUACGUGAAAAAGCGUAUAGCUGUGAUGUACCAGCACCACACAGACCUAAACCCCAUUGAGGUGGCCAUAGAUGAGAUGAGCAAGAAGGUGGCUGAACUGAGACAGCUGGUUUCUACAAAUGAGGUCGACAUGAUCCGCCUGCAACUCAAACUACAGGGCAGCAUCAGUGUUCAGGUAAACGCAGGUCCCCUUGCAUAUGCCAGAGCUUUCCUGGAUGAUGCUAGCACCAAGAAAUAUCCUGACAACAAGGUCAAACAACUUAAGGAGGUCUUCAGGCAGUUUGUGGAGGCGUGUGGCCAUGGCCUGGGCAUCAAUGAGCGGCUGAUCAAAGAGGACCAGCAAGAGUAUCAUGACGAGAUGAAGGCCAAUUACAGAGACCUGGCCAAAGAGCUGUCCGCCAUCAUGCAUGAGCCGAUCUGUCCUGUGGAAGAUGGCAUGAAAAGCGUUCUUCCAGACUCCCUUCACAUCUUCAACGCCAUCAGUGGUACGCCUAGCGGUGCCACCAUCUCGGGCAUGCCCAGCUCCUCCUCCGUGGUUUGAGACCCGCCGGGAUUGGCUGACCCCUGACCUCAACACUCAGAAUGUGCACAUCAACCAGGCGCUGCCAUGAGCCACGUUCCUGCUUCUCUGCUCCCCUUAUCACGUUUGGCUAAACUGAGACAAUAUCCUUGACCUUGAAACCUUCUUUCACACCCCCUCUGUCUUGUGCCAUGGGCCAGGACAAAUGACAAAGUUGUUUUACUGUUCUAUACAGUCCAGACACUCUGGGAGGGAUGGGACCUGGGACAUUCAUACAUUAGGAUGAAUUUAGCUAAACUAAAGGAGUGCCACGUGAGCAGUGAGGGGAGCGGGCCAACGUGAAGAGGUUACAGACAUAGUAUGAGGGGGACUGGUGUACCCUCCGCCCUGGCCCGAAUGGGGUAACCUUCAACCUGGACUGACUGAGGGGCCCCGCAUUGAACUGUUGGUGUUCCAUGAUGAAUAUGACAUCACUGGUAGUGUUUCCUGUGGAGACGUCUCUUUAGGGUUCCUUGAAGAGACAAAAAUUUGCAUGUGAUGUCACCCUCAGCCUACAGUCUUUCAUUUUUAUUAGUUUGUUUUGAUAAUUUGUCUUCUGCUCUGAACUCUUUAAGGGAUUUUUUUUUUAUGUACAGUAUUCAACUUGGAUAAGUCUGUAUUGAUGUCGAACUGUAUAUGCUGCAUACAUUGGCAUUCAUCUCUCUGUACAUGCACACGAACACUUGUUAUAUUUCUACAAAGCUGCAAAUUAUCGGAAAAAGAGCCUCCUAUGAAAAUGUUAGCAUUUAACCUCAAUCACUUAAAUGUCUUAGAAUGGUCAUUUAAAAAAAUAUUUAAAGCCAUUGCAUAUGAGUAUAUUCCAAGUUGUUUUUUCUUGUAUUUAAAAAUGGAGUGCAAUAUUUGUCUCUUGCAAGGUAUCUCUUGCUGUAUUAGAUCCAGUUGUGUGUAAAGAUGUUCAACCUUCUUGCCAAAGCAAUGGGGUGUGGAUCCAGAGACGAGGCCUACCGUGGAAGUUAUUUUACCAUUUUAGUGUUCAUUAAAAUGUUAAAGAAAUCAUUUUAUAUUUGGGAUGCAAUGGGUUUUUAUUUUUAUUUAACAGAAAGUCACUGUUCUGCUGUAAACAGAAAUGUUCCCUAAUGCUUUUCCUUUAAAUAAAAUUCACUCAUUCUCUGCA